CCAUUAGACUUUAGCUUUCAGCAGUUUCUCAACAAGGAAAGUACCUUGAAUUUUGAAGGUGAUGUUUCUUAUGACAAUGGACUCCUCCAACUCACCCAACUUAAGAAAGACAGUGUUGGCAGGGUCACAUACUACAAACCACUGCAUCUUUGGGUCAAGGACUCAAGAAAACUCACAGACUUCACUUCCAAUUUCUCAUUCAUUAUAAAUCAACCAAACAAAACCCAUAUUGGAGAUGGCAUCACAUUCUUUCUUGCAAGCCCCAAAUUUCCACUUCCUAUCCCACCAGAUGGGUCUGGUAUAAGCCUUGUGAGUGGUCAACAAAUGGCAGAUCCAAAUUACAUAAAUGAGCAUCCAUUUGUAGCAGUGGAGUUUGACACCUUUUGGAAUCAUUUUGAUCCUCAAUAUGACCAUGUAGGUAUCAAUAUUAAAACCAUCAAGAGUCCUUUCACUACAGAAUUGUUUAGUAUUAAUGAUGGGAGAGUACAUGAUGCACAAAUUAGCUACAAUUCUAGCACAUGCAAUUUAAGUAUCAUCUUCACAGGAUAUGAGGAUAAUGUCACAGUGAAGCAACACUACUCCCAAGUAAUAGAUUUGAGAGAGGUCCUGCCGGAUUGGGUUGAGUUUGGCUUCUCUUCCGCAACGGGAUUGUUAUCUGAGAUACAUACACUUUGCUCAUGGUCUUUCAGCGCCAAUUUGGACUUGAAAGUGCACAAGGAUGAAAGUAACACAAGGAUGGUGAUAGGUCUGAGCAUUGGAGGAGGUGUUUUAGUUGUUGGUAUUGGAUUAGCUUGGCUUCUGAAGUUGAAGAUGAAGACAAGAGGCAAGGAAGAUGACUUGGAUCUUAUUAUGGACAGCGAUUUCGAAAGAGGGACUGGACCAAAAAGGUUUUCAUACAAUGAACUUGUUAGAACAACUAACAACUUUGCAAAUGAACUGAAGCUAGGAGAAGGAGGUUUUGGUGGAGUCUACAAAGGAUUUAUAAGAGAAUUAGGUGACUAUGUUGCAAUUAAAAGGGUGUCACCGGGAUCAUGACAAGGUGUGGAAGAGUAUGCCUCUGAAGUUAAGAUCAUUAGUAAAUUGAGGCACAGGAAUUUGGUGCAGCUCCUAGGAUGGUGCCACAAGAAAAAUGAUCUUUUACUUAUCUAUGAGCUCAUGCCAAAUGGAAGCCUAGAUUCCCAUUUGUUUGGAGGCAAAAGCCUCCUGACAUGGGCAGCAAGAUAUAACAUUGCUGGAGGCCUGGCCUCAGCAUUAUUGUACCUACAUGAAGAGUGGGAACAAUGUGUGCUCCAUAGGGACUUAAAAUCAAGUAAUGUUAUGUUGGAUUCAAAUUUCAAUGCAAAGCUUGGAGACUUUGGAUUAGCCAGAUUGGUGGAUCAUGGCAAAGGGUCACAAACAACAGUUUUAGCUGGAACAAUGGGGUAUAUGGCUCCUGAAUCUGCUACCAGAGGCAAGGCUAGUAGAGAGUCCGAUGUAUACAGUUUCGGUGUUGUGGUUUUGGAGAUAGCUUGUGGAAGAAAACCAAUUGAACUAAGAGCCAGUGAGGAACAAAUAGUUAUGGUGGAAUGGGUUUGGGAACUCUAUGGCAUGGGUAAUCUGCUAGAAGCAGCUGAUUCAAGAUUGUGUGGAGACUUUGAUGAGCAAGCAAUGGAAAGGUUAAUGAUAGUUGGCCUAUGGUGUGCUCACCCAGAUUACUCUGCGAGGCCUACAAUUAGGGAAGCAAUGCAUGUACUUAAUUUUGAAGCUCAUUUGCCCACUCUUCCAUCGAAGAUGCCUAAAGCCACCUACAUUGUUCCUUCAAUUACUGCAUCUGCAUCUUCAAACCCUCCAUCGUCUAGUGCUGAUGCUUUUGGGCCUAAUAAAACCGAGCUUUUGUCAAGUGGCUCUUACACUGGCUCCCCAGAAUCCAAAACAUCUGCUGCACUUCUGCAUUCUAUUGAGUAUUGAUAUGUAAUAUGUAUUU